AUGGAGUACACUAAAGGUGCUUUGGACACGAAAAUGGCUACCAUCCUCAUUGCAACGCUUGCUGACCUGACGGGAUCUGACCGGGUGUCCUGGGAUGAUGUUUGUGGACUUGAAGAAAUCAAGGACACCAUAGAGAUAGAUGUCGUAAUGCCAUGGGCAAAUCCUGCCCGUUUCACUGGACUCAGGUCAGCUUCGAGAGGUAUUUUAAUGUAUGGACCGCCGGGUACAGGCAAAACCAUGAUUGGGAAGUGUAUAGCCUCGCAGAUGAAGGCGAAAUUCUUUAGUGUCACAGCCUCCUCUCUGAUUACAAAGUGGGCUGGGGAGGCGGAAAGAGCAGUGAAAACAUUAUUUCAGCUUGCCCGUGCUCUCCAACCAACUAUAAUAUUUAUCGAUGAAAUUGAUGCUCUACUUGGUGUUAGAAAUGACAAUGAGAAGCAUACUGCUGUAAGUAUCAUUGGUUAUAUAUUUGUAAUAAUUUCAACCUCUUUGCAGGAUGGCUGCACAACUAAGACAAGUGAUAAAGUGCUGUUUAUUGGGGCAACCAAUCUCCCCAAGUCGAUUGACUCUGCCUUCAUCAGAAGGUUUACCACACGGCUGUAUGUGCCACUGCCGCAAGUAGCUGACCGAAAAGUAAUGCUCACCAAAAUCAUGUCCUCCACUGAAAAUUCAUUAUCUGAGGAAGAUGUGGAGAAAAUAGCAAGAGAGACAGAGGGCUACAGUGGUUCAGAUCUCAACCAAUUGUGCCGCUGGGCCUCCAAAAACUACACAAGGAAGUUAAAGCGUGACUCACGUGGAAGAUUUGUAUUUCCAGAGAAUGUAAGUCCACCAAAUUUAAAUUUCUGAGAGAGUUAAUUGCAUGUUUUGAUUUUUAAGAACCAAAAACCACAUGUGUGGAAAAUGACCUGUUUCUUAAAAAGAAAAGUAUAUCC